GACUGGACCCCACCUCAUCAUCGAAGCCCAUUGUUGGGCGAUACUGAUGCACGUUGUGGCAUUCACUCACCAUGAUUCGUAAAGUCAGACUUCACCCUUCAACCACUUUUAUUAGCCGAGUUUUAGGUAGCCAACACCCCAUCAGUUACUUUACCAGAGUUCAAAUGUCCAACCCUGCCAAAGUUGUUUCCACGGCACCUCUGCCCGAUAAUGAGGCCAAGUGGACAAAAUUAGUCAAGAUCGCCUACAAGGACCCCAAUGGCACCGAGCGGACAUGGGAGUCUGCCGAGCGCCGGACUCGCCCAAAGAACAGCGAGAUUGAUGGUGUAGGCAUUGUGGCCAUAUUGGAGAAGUCUACCGGCCCCGAGAUUAUCCUGCAGAAGCAAUUCCGUCCACCACUCGACAAGGUCACCAUUGAGGUUCCUGCAGGCCUUGUCGAUGCUGGCGAGACUGCUGAGCAGUCUGCCGUCCGCGAGCUUAAGGAGGAAACUGGCUACGUCGGCAAGGCUUCGGAGACGUCAACUAUCAUGUUCAAUGAUCCGGGCUUCACAAACACGAACCUGCGCAUGGUUCAUGUCACCAUCGACAUGAGCCUGCCUGGGAACCAGAACCCCAAGCCAGAGCUGGAAGAAAGCGAGUUCAUCGAGGUCUUCACUGUUCCUCUCUCGAAGCUGUGGGAGGAGUGCAAGAAGCUUGAAGCAGAGGGCUGUGCGAUUGAUGCCCGUGUCGGUACGAUGGCUGAGGGUAUCGAGCUUGCCAAGCGCUUCAAGCUUUCUUGAAUGAAACUGAACCUCCCUACUCCAGUUGAUUAGCCGCAGCCGUGUAUUUAUACCCACCCUGUAUAGGACCUAGUCGGAUACAAAGAACUAGAACCAUUGUCUGCCACCACAAGCUUAUGAACCGCAAAUCCCGGUAUGGAUUCUAGCGUCCAUACUGCUCCCUCCC